AUGCGUGUCGUGCAUGCGCAAGCAUACCGUCGCGAAGGUUUGCGUCCGGGAGUUGGUCUAUCGCGCGAUGUGAUUGGAAGAGAUUGUGGGCAAUUGUGGGCAAUCGUCGUGACGGAUGAGCCAAUCAGGAAGAAGGCUAUGUCCUCACAGCGGGCCGAUUGGAGGGAAAGUCUUGUCUCCAGUCUCUUUCAUGCAUUGCCGUGUUCUCGCGGUCCAGGCUGUCCGACGAGCCGAGAAGUCGACUUGCCUCGUCUCUUUGAUGAGCUUUUCCGGCUUCCCCUGCUUCAGCGUUUAGGCUCCGGCGGAAAGACGCGCCGGCAUGUCGUCAAAGUGAAGCUCAUCACGCCUGCCCACUUCUCCCCUCACUUCUCCCCCCCUUGUACUUUGACUUGUCCCUUCACUUGUCCCCUCACUGUUACCCCCACUUCUCCCCUCACUUGUCCCCUCGCUUGUCGGCCCAUUCUUCUGCUCGUCUGCCAGCCCUGA